GUUGAAUGUUUGGGACUGUUGUGAUGAGAGGCCGCAGCCAUCUUGGAUAAGCGCCGCUCAACACCGAGCAGCAGCAGAGGGCUGAGGACGUUGACGGUAGAGCCUGUUAACUAACGUUAGCCGCUCGGACAGAUUAAUCACAAUCUGAAUCGCUGUGUGGUGCGACAAUGCUUUACAUCUGCUAUUUUUCUUCGUUAGAUGCCUUUGAGUGCAUAAACAUGGGUAUAAACUGUGUUAAGCGUUUAACGUUAUAACUCCGGUGAGGGCGGCGGCGGUGCAGAUCCACGGUAUAUUUUUGAAUUUUCUGGAUAGAGGAGUUACUAUGAAUGGAGGAUAAAUGUUGCCAAAGGCUGACAGCAGCAGUUUCGUCCUCUUCUCUCUUCUCUUCGUCCUCACGUUAACGGACCCACCACGGACAGGUCCGCAGCUAGCUCUGGCAAGAUUAUUGUCAGAGCAGCGCUGCAGCCCUGGGCAGUUUGCCUGCCGCAGUGGGAAGACUCAUUGUAUCCCAAUGUCCUGGCAGUGUGACGGCUGGACAGCAUGUGAUGACAAGAGUGACGAGAUGCACUGUCCCCCUAUAAAGGAGGAGAGGUUUCGUUUUGGCAAUGGCUAUGACCAGGUAGAAGACGUCAUCGGUGUGGCUCAGCCUGUGCGCUUUAACAAGAAGUGCACCAGUGGGUGGCACCACUAUGAGAAGACGGCCAGCUGUUACAAAGCGUACCUGAGGGACGAGAACUACUGGCAGGCCGUGGAGACCUGUCAGAAAGUCAACGGCUCAUUGGCUACUUUUGUUACCAACGAGGAGCUGCAGUUCAUACUGAAGAUCGAGGUGGAUUUUGACGACAAGGUCUGUGAGGGCAGAGACCAGUGCAAAUUCUGGGUGGGCUACCAGUAUGUGAUCACCAAUCAGAACCACUCCCUGGAGGGCCACUGGGAGGUAUACAAAGGGUCGAUGCAGGUGUUUCUGCCACCUGAGGAUCUGACCAACUUUGGGGACCCGUCUCCCACCCAGGAUAAUGUCUUCUGUGCCCAGCUGCAGCGCUUUCAGAUCAAAAGCAUGAAUGAACGAGGCCUGCACAGCUGGUAUGCUGAGAACUGCUACAAGAAGUUCCCCUUUCUCUGCAAGAGGAGGCAAACGUGCGUGGAUAUAAAAGAUAACGUCGUAAACGAGGGCUACUACUUCACCCCUAAGGGGGACGACCCGUGUCUGAGCUGCACGUGUCACGACGGCGAGCCUGAGAUGUGCGUGGCGGCGCUGUGCGAGCGUCCACAGGGCUGCCAGCACUUCCGCAAGGAUCCCAAAGAGUGUUGCAAGUUCACCUGCCUGGACCCAGAUGGAAGCAGUCUGUUUGACUCUAUGGCCAGCGGGAUGAGACUGAUCGUCAGCUGUAUCUCAUCCUUCCUCAUCCUCUCUCUGCUGCUCUUCAUGGUCCACAGACUCCGUCAGCGGAGACGUGAACGCAUAGAAACUCUGAUUGGAGGAAACUUGCACCACUUUAACCUCGGAAGACGAGUCCCAGGCUUCGACUACGGCCCCGAUGUCUUUGGCACGGGCCUCACUCCCCUGCAUUUGUCUGAUGAUGGCGAGGGAGGUGCUUUCCAUUUCCAAGAGCCGCCUCCACCGUACGCAGCCUACAAAUACCCCAACAUCCAGCACCCUGACGACCCCCCUCCCCCUUACGAAGCCUCCAUCAACCCAGACAGCCUUCUCUUCGUGGACCUUGGACACCGUGGGGUUUCCAUGGUGCCGAGCCAGAUGAAUGCCAUGGGAGACGGGCUCCAGACUGAUAUUCCCAACGCCUUUGGUCCCAGGCCAGACUCAGCGCCGUCCUCUCAGGAGAGGGAGGACUCUAUAGAUAGCAGCACCUUCCUGGUGGGGCCCGACACCCCCACAGAUGGCCACGCCUCCGCUUCCAUGCCCGCAGACUGCGCCUCCUCUCUCAGUACCGUAAUAUAGGACUGUGGACGGACAGCAGGGAGCUGCAUCCGGACAUUUCCUGCAGGUUAAGGAUGGUCCUGAGUGCAUUCUGCACCAGUAGAGGACGCAGCAAGCUGUUUUCUUCUAACAAAAUGCUGACUGCAAGGAGAAGAGUUUAUGUUUGUAUAGACACAUCAGAAGCAGCACAUUUUCUUUGAGGUGCAAGGAUGCCCUCUUUCUGAAGACUCUUCUGCAGCUGUCUUGAGUGUUUUUAUGUUGUUGUUUUUUUUUUUUUUUAACACUGGCAUGUGAGGGAGCAGAGAGGACUGUUUCUGAACAGAGAAAAAAAAAGACUUAAUUGAAGCUGAGAAGGCUGCACUUUUACUUUUAGCAUCGACUAAACAAAGCUUUUAAAACAUCUCAGAGUUGGCCUGAUAGGUCGAGAAGCCCUGAUGUAAAUACCCCUUCAGGUCUGUGCCGGUCAAAUUUGUUAUACUUGUGGGUCACAGUCCAGCACAACACAGAGAAUGGCAGACGGACGGUGAAGCCAGCUAUUGUUCCUUGUGCAUUUUUGUUUGCAUCUUACUGUUGUUCAAAUUGACUUAUCUGUGUUGAUCUGUCGGUCUCCAGGCUACAAUAAGGUUCUCAUCAGCCCCAGAUCUCAAUUUCUACUUGCUCAUAAGAAUCUACUAUCCUCUUACUUUCUUAUUAGCCUAAUUAAUGAAGUUGUCUUCCAGGUUUAUAGUGCAUAUUUGCAGCAAAAACUUUAAGGAAGUACGGUUAGUUUCCUGCUAUUGGUUUUUUUUUAGUAGGUAAUGCCAACUCAAGGCAUUAUGUAUCAAGGAAUGUUGUGGUACUGAUAAAUAUCUGAGUUUGUUAUUGUGUUCUUUUUGGAUGAUAAUUUAUGACUGCAGGCUGUACUCUUGAUUGUUUUCUCGUGGGAUAGAUGCAGUCUUAACUCUCCACUGAUCAGCGAGCGGAAGCGAUGAAGCUUUCCAAGUGUAUGUAUGAGGAUCAGGGAUGAUAUCCCAUCGUUAAAUUUGAGGAAAUCAAUU